AUGGACAUUGCUGCUCUUUUAACUUCUGCUGGAGUUAACAUUGCUGUGUGCGUGGUGCUCUUUUCACUCUAUUCAGUAUUGCGGAAACAACCCAGCAAUGUCCGUGUGUACUUUGGAAGAAGGGUAGCAUCUCGGUGUUCAAAAAGCCGUGAUCUUUGUUUGGAAAGAUUUGUUCCCUCUCCGACUUGGGUAAUGAAAGCAUGGGAAACAACUCAAGAUGAAAUGCUGAGUACUGGUGGCCUGGAUGCGGUGGUUUUUAGCAGAAUGGUUGUGUUCAGUAUUCGAGUAUUUUCUGUUGCUGCUGUCAUCUGCACUACUCUAGUGCUUCCAGUGAAUUAUUAUGGUCGGGACAGAAUACAUAAGAAUAUACCUUUCGAAUCACUGGAAGUAUUUACCAUUGAGAAUGUUAUAGAAGGAUCUCGGUGGCUUUGGGCUCAUUGUCUUGCGUUAUACAUCAUAACUUUAACAGCUUGUUCUCUUCUUUACUGCGAAUACAAGAGCAUUACUAAUUUGCGGCUAGUACAUAUUACUGCAUCGUCGCCAAAUCCUAGUCAUUUUACAAUUCUUGUUCGAGGAAUACCCUGGUCUUCAGAACAAUUAUACUGCGAUACAGUGAAGAAGUUUUUCGCAUUUUAUCACGCACAAACAUAUUUGUCGCACCAAAUAGUGUACAAGUCUGGUACAUUUCAGAAACUGAAGGAUGACACAGAAUAUAUGUGUAAGAUGCUCAGUGGUAGUUGUGGUUCAAUGGAACUGCCGUGUAAGCCAAGCUUUACGCAAUGUUACUUUUGUGGAGGAUCCACUAAUUCUUUUAAGAUUAUUUCUAAUGACAUUGAUAGUAUGCAUGGGAGGACAAGCUACACUGACCUGCAUACAAAUGCAAGAAAAAAGGAAUGUGCAGCUGCUUUCGUGUUCUUUAAAAGUCGGUAUGCUGCUCUUACGGUUGCCCAAAAUCUUCAAACAUCAAAUCCCAUGUUAUGGGUCACAGACCUAGCUCCUGAACCACCGGAUGUUUACUGGGCCAACCUUUGCAUACCAUACAGGCAACUUUGGAUCCGUAAGAUAUCUAUAUUUGUGGCUUCUGUCACCUUCGUGCUUGUAUUCCUUAUCCCUGUCACUUUCGCACAAGGCUUGACUCAACUGGACAAGCUAGAGAGAAUGUUCCCUUUUCUGGCAGGAACACUUCAAAAGAAAUUUGUGAUGCAGCUGGUGACUGGUUACUUGCCAAGUGCGAUUUUGGUUUUAUUUUUAUAUGCUGUUCCACCAGUGAUGAUGCUCUUUUCAACAGUGGAGGGAUCUAUUUCUCGUAGUGGAAGGAAGAGGAGUGCAUGCACCAAAUUUUUGUACUUCACAAUUUGGAAUGUGUUUUUCGUUAAUGUUUUUGCCGGGUCUGUUAUCAGCCAACUCGCAGUCUUUAGUAGUAUAACAGAAUUACCUGCCCAACUUGCCAAGGCUGUCCCAGUGCAGGCUACCUUCUUCACAACGUAUGUUUUAUCAUCUGGUUGGGCAAGUUUGGCAUUUGAAACUAUGCAACUCUAUCCACUUUUCUGCAAUCUGUUCCAGAGAUUCAUACUCGGGUAUAAGGAGGAUACGAUGAAUGGCAACCUAACUUUUCCAUACCAUACAGAAGUUCCAAGGAUCUUACUGUUUGGAUUCCUUGGGUUCACCUGUUCUAUUCUGGCACCCCUAAUAUUGCCCUUCUUAUUGUUUUACUUUGUACUUGCGUACUUCGUUUACCGGAACCAGGUUAGUACUUCUUUAAUGUUUUUGUCAGCUUAA